CCCGCCAGACAGCCCCGCCCCUCGGCCGGCGGCUGCGGCCCUAUGGCGCCGGGCGGAAGCGGAAGCCGAGCCCAAGGCCCGCCUCCCGCGAGAGCCGCAGAGGGUGGCGAGGUUGCUAGUUCUUCCGACAAAUCAGCGACAUCCGCACUAUCAUGCCUAGCCCUAGGAAUAGCCCAAAGAGUAGCCGUGAGAGACGGGCCCCAGGCAGCAGACUGGAGUUCCUAUCACUGACAAGUCAGAGGAGCUCAGCACCCCCAGAAAGCCCUUCUCAUCGCAAGGAAUCGACAGCCAGCGCUGGUCCUCCACAGGCUUUACCUGAAGAGGACUGCAUGAAGCUUAAUCCAUCUUUUGUGGGUAUUGCCCUGCGCUCCUUGUUGGCUGUUGAUCUUUGGGCCUCUAAACAGUUGGGGGUAUGUGCUGGAGAGAAUUCCCCUUGGGGCAGUGCUCGUCCUCUGAUGAAGGCUGUAGAGAUUUCAGGACAUGGCAUUCCUUGGUUGGCUGGCACAUUGUAUGGGCUCUGUAGAAGUGCCAGCUCAGCAGGCCGUGAGGUGCUGCUCAACCUGCUCUUUGCUCUGAUCCUUGAUCUAAUUUUGGUGGCAGCGGUGAAAGGAUUGGUCAAGCGAAGGCGGCCAGCUCACAACAAGAUGGACAUGUUUGCCACGGUGUCUGUGGACAGGUAUUCAUUUCCUUCAGGUCAUGCGACGAGAGCCGCCAUGGUCUGCAGAUUUAUUCUACAUCACCUUGUCCUGGCUGUCCCUCUGCGGGUGCUGGUGGUGCUUUGGACCUUCAUAGUGGGAAUUUCCCGAGUCAUGCUAGGCAGGCACAAUGUAACAGAUGUGAUAUUUGGGCUAAUCAUGGGCUACAUGCAAUACAGCCUGGUGGAGUACUUCUGGUUGUCACCUGUCAGUGCUCCUGUUCUUUUUUCAUUGUGGAGUUGAUGGCCUUGUCUGCCUGAACACAAGCAAUAAAAAUGAACAAAGCUUCAUAUGGUCAGCAAGAUAGAUGGGCAGGACCAGCAAGAUUCCUCUUCAGCGGGUGGGUGGGCUGCUUAGGUUCAUCUCAUAAGGGUUGUUUGGUGCCGCCUUGUUUUCUGAACGUGUUGCUGGGCUGGAGCAUGGACCAACCCAUGAAACUGCACAAACCAUCCCAUAGUAAAACUUCAUUUCCUUGUGAGAUUAGAAGCAAUACUGUUUACAUCAGGCAAUUAUUAUGUCAGAUGACUGACAGAUGAGUGGUCCUGCACACCUCUCAAAAUCGAUCCACAAGGGUGGGGAGAUAAAGGUCUGGCCCAGUAGGCCAAAAAGCUCCCACCCACCCUACCCCCCGCUGUAAACUGAUAAAGAUAAUAUCUCACAUAAACCUCUGUAUUCCAAGUAAGUGGUAGAUAGGAUUUUGUGCUAUAGGUGUCUGGUAGUUACUGUGUAAGCUGUACAUAUUCCAACUGGUAUUGAUAACUUGCUUUUGCAAUUGUCACAAUGGCUAUUUGGUUAUUCUAGCAUAUCUCAAAUUGUAUUCUGCCAAACGCUGGGGUUCAGCAAAGCAGCCCAAGAGAUUCCGCAGAGAAGACUGUAAUAAUAGUUGACAAGCAUGCACAAUGUGUGAUUUCGAUGGAGCUGCAGCCAUGGGGAUUAAACAUACUAAAGCAGUUGUCCUGGGAAUCCUUUCCCCUUAUUUCCUUCCCUUACCAUGCUUUCCACAGGCGGCAUGGACAGAAUGGCAUUGCUUCCUUGGCUUUCCAACCCUGUGCAUUGUUGAGAGUGACUGAGAGAGGGCAGCGUGCAGCUUGGUGCAGUGGGUGCAGCAGAAAAGCCAGUUUGCCACUGCCCACUGCCUGCCUCCUGCCCUCUCAGGUCUUAGUAACCAGCAGCAGUCUGCAGCAUUAGGAAGCCAGGAGAGCAAUGCUGGUCUUUCACGUUUCUGCUUGUCCUGCUGCUUUUCCCCAGGAAACCCUGCUGUUUGCUGCUGAAUCAGAACAAAUGUCAGUCAUUUUUUCCUGUGGAUUGAUGAUUGUCCAAUUCAGUGGUAAACGGUGGGUUUUCCAGGGAAAGCAGCGGGGCAAAUGAGAACCUCAGACCCAUGCUUUCUAAGCACAGAACAAGUGGAAGUGGACGAGCCCUGAGUGUGAUGGUAUAUUCUCAAGACUGAAGUGCCUUUGUACUAUUCUAAUGGCAGGAAGUAAAUGGAAAUGGGUUCUAGGAACAUUGCUUACUCAAACUGUACUUAAUACAGACAUGGUCCCACCUGAACAAUCAAACAGGAGGGACAGACUUUUUGCAGGACAAGAAUAUGGCUGAAUAACCCAGCACUUCAUGUUUUGCUUUUCAAAACUAGAACUUUGUGGUAGGAAGGUAGGACUUCAAUGCAGCUUUAAAUAAGACUGCUUUCUUAACUCUACAAUAUUAAUCAGAAGCUGAUGUUAAUCCAGGCAUUUGUUGCAGUGUUUGCCUGCUGUGAGAGUCUAAUCAUAAUUUUUAGUAUAUUCAGUCCUAAAUGCAGCCCUGUAAGAGAAACUGUGAUAUCCAGCCUUUUAUCUGACUCCCACCUCAUGAACUGUAGCUCAAGUUAUGGUAUAGCUCAGGUGUGGCAAACCUGUUUUGGCCUGAGCUCCACAUUCACCCUUGGCCAAUACUUGGGAAUUGAACUGUACUAAACAUACAGACUACACACCAUAGACAGAUCAGCUGAGGAAGCAGGUUAUUGCCUUCUCCCCACUCUCCAGAUCAUUACUCUGAUGGGCAGGGAAGAGACCAUUUGCUUCCUUCUUGUAGUGCAGAGAUGGGCAGAGAGGUUUAAAACUCACUGCCUGGUACCUCAAAAGGGGUGAAAAUGGCUCUGCCCCAUUUUUACUUGGCACAGGGUUUUUUUUCACCAGAGGAGCUGCGUAACAUUGGGUUGAGGGGUUAGCAAGUCCCUGGGGAAGGCUUGGAAGGCUGGAUCCAGCUCAAGGACAGGCAGAUCACUGCAACUGAUAUAGCUGAAUCAAGCGCAAUAAAGUAUAUUUGGCAAACACAUUUUUUUGCUCAAUGCACCAGCACCCCAUUGUGUUUGAUCUGGAGUUCAUUCUGUGUGUUUGCAGCCAGUCUAGAAACCUUGACAAGUAAUUAAAAAAAACAAAAACCAGCAGUAGUGUUAGUCACCAAACUGUUAACUUUGGAAUUCAAAAGUGUCUUAUGUAAGCUUAUCUUUAUCAGUCUAGGAAUUAGUUUUGUUGUUGUUGCAAAGUUACUUGAAACAAAUUCAUAUAAGUUUACAGUGUUUUCACUAGCCUUCUGUUUCACCUUUGUGCCAUUCUGUUUUAAAAGUGGAUUUUCUGUAUAAGAACAUAAAACAAGCCUGCCAAGUGCUCAUCUAGUCCAGCAUCAUGUUUUCACAGUGGCCGGCCAGAUGUCUGUGAGAAGACGGCGAGCUGGAGAUGAGCACCACAGCACUCUGCCCACCUGUGGCUCCCAGCAGUUCUGUCUAUGAUGCACAUUGUACUCUUACUCUGUUCGGUUGUAAUUCUCCAUGCUCACUGGGCAUUUGACUCUGAAACUAUUGUGAGUUGUUGCUAAAUGCUAGUUUUCCUGGAGCUUAGAUCAAUAAAAUAUUAUUCUUGUC